UUCUGAAGUACGAUAAAGUUUUUCUCUUUUUAUAAAUCCAAGGUUUUGGCUAGCUCCAGAUAGAGAGAGCAUCCAUGGCGCAAUUGCUCUCAUUUCGCGUUUAUCUAUCUGCUGAAACGCAGAAAGCUUCUUCAGAGUCGUUGAAGCGAACCCAAAAGACACGUAAACCAUUUUCUCCUGGUAGAAGAGGUCCGGUGGCUCCGCCGAGGAAACCCCAGAAUCUGAAUUUGGAAGUUUCUCCACAUAGAGCUGUAUCUGCAGUUAGAUUGAUGAGAAUUGAGUACGGAGGUGCGUUUGCUGAUCUUUUGAAUGAGAAAGGAAAAGGCUCUGGGAGCAAUGAGAUGAGUUACGUUGAAAGGACUAUCGGUUUUCGGACUCGCGAUUUGGAUGACCGGGAUCUUAGACUGGUUACGGAUGUUGUUGGAGGAACAAUACGAUGGAGGAGGUUUCUUGAUCAUUUGAUUGGUUCCCUUUGCCACAACGAGAGAACAUUUCGAAAUAUGGAACCUCUUCUAUUGCAGAUUCUCCGCAUUGCUGUCUAUGAGAUCAUUAAGCUUGAUAUGCCGUCAUAUGCUGUUGUAGAUGAGAACGUAAGGCUUGCAAAGGUUGCCCUCAGACCUGGUGCUGGAGAUUUUGUCAAUGGGAUUCUUCGUAAGCUAGUCUCUCUUAAGGAAAAAGACGCCCUUCCAUUACCUAAAGUGGAAGGGGAUGAUCGUGCACAAGCACGUGCACUUGCUACCCUUCAUUCACAUCCCGUUUGGAUGGUUAGGCGAUGGGUAAAGUAUCUUGGGUUGGAUGAAGCCACAAAGCUGAUGAUAUGGAAUAACAGUGAUCCUGGAUUUAGCUUAAGGGCCAACACGGGAAGGGACAUUACAAGGGCAGACCUUGUGGAGCGUCUAGAAAGUUUAAAGGUUCCGCACGAGCUAUCCUUAAAUUUGGAGGAAUUUGUCCGCAUCAAAACAGGCUUGCAGACUGUGGUGCAAGCUGGUUUACUCAAGGAAGGCUUCUGUUCUGUUCAGGAUGAGAGUGCAGGACUAAUAGUCUCAGUGGUGAAACCUCAGCCAGGCGAGAGGAUAAUGGAUGCAUGUGCUGCUCCUGGAGGAAAGACCCUAUUCAUGGCAUCAUGCUUGAAAGGCCAAGGUAUGAUAUAUGCUAUGGAUGUGAACGAAGGACGUCUAAGAAUUCUUGGCGAGACAGCAAAAUCACACCAAGUUGAUGGACUUAUCACAACCAUUCACUCCGAUCUCCGUGUCUUCGCUGAAACCAAUGAGGUACGAUAUGAUAAAGUUUUGCUUGAUGCCCCGUGUUCUGGACUCGGCGUCCUCUCCAAGAGAGCGGACUUGAGAUGGAACCGUAAACUCGAGGACAUGGUAGAGCUCACAAAACUGCAGGAUGAGCUUCUUGAUUCUGCCUCCAAACUGGUGAAGCACGGUGGGGUCUUGGUAUACAGUACUUGCUCAAUAGACCCCGAAGAAAAUGAAGGAAGGGUCGAAGCAUUUCUCCAAAGACAUCCCGAGUUCUCCAUAGAUCCAGUAACUAGUUUUGUACCGUCGAGUUUUGUAACCUCGCAAGGCUUCUUUUUAUCCAACCCAGUGAAACACUCCUUGGAUGGAGCAUUUGUAGCUCGUCUGAUUCGAGCCUUAUGACGCUAAAAGCUAAGCAACAGAAAGCUUUCUUUACUCUGCCUCCAAAAAGAGUUUGGAUUCCAAUUGUCUAUGAGGAGACGGAAGAGAGUAAAAGAAAACACUUAUCACUUCGUGCAUCUUACUUGUAGAGUUCGAGUUUAGGAGAGAACUGUAAAACUUGUAGAGGUGAUGAGUUGUUUGCUGACAUGUAAACAUCACGCUGUUACAAACAAUAUGGAGGGAAUGCCUCACCGUUUACUAGAGCUAGAAACGACGGCUCGUUCCGUGGGGUUCUCUCGUUUCGAAAACUUGAAUGCCUUAGAAAUGCGACUUCGUUCUAUUGUGACUGAUAUGAGAUAUCAUAUGAUAAGUGAUAAGAUUUGUUACAAUCAUCUUUGUAAUAAAAAAGAGUUGUCAAAUAUUCCCUUUUUAUAACA